UUCAGCCAAUGGCGCUCUGCCCUCGCAACAAUCCUUUCGAAAAGGAUGUGUGAGCUCGGUUAUGGCGCUGGCAUGAAGUUGUUGGAAAUGGUCAAGCCCAGGAAGCAGGAUUUUAGUACUACUACACCAGCUAAAGCUUAGGACAACCCGGCGGAAUGGCAACAACUCUGCAGUUCACUUAUUUUUGGACACAUAUGCACCUUUAAUACACAUCUGAAAGACACUUCUGCGAGGGAGGAUUGAAGAUAGUGAUCUCUUCAAAAGUUGCUCUGUCAAAAGCUAACACGCGUGAAAUAAGAGUAACCUCGGGCUAAAAACAGGCAUGGGUCGCAAGAGUUAGACUAAGUCCUGACACCCCCCUGAACCUUUGUCUUGUUCCUCGAGCUGUUGGUGGUUUUUAACUGUGGAGGAGAAAGACGUAUCGAAAAUAGUCACAAUGCCUGCCAAAACAAAGUAUAAUUUAGUCGAUGAUGGGCACGAUUUGCGGAUUCCUUUACAUAACGAGGAAGCAUUCCAACAUGGGAUUAAUUUUGAGGCAAAGUAUAUCGGUAGUCUGGAUGUGGCUCGACCCAAUAGCCGUGUGGAGAUUGUUGCGGCCAUGAGGCGGAUAAGGUAUGAAUUUAAAGUGAAAAACAUCAAAAAGAAGAAAGUCAACAUCAUUGUGUCUGUCGAUGGGGUGAAAGUAGCGCUGCGGAAAAAGAAAAAACAGAAGAAAGUCAUACACAUCUGGGAUGACAUGAAGAAAAAAGAAUGGACCUGGGAUGAAAGCAAGAUGAUGGUGAUGCAAGACCCAGUUUACAGGAUAUUCUAUGUAUCACACGACUCUCAAGAUUUGAAGAUCUUCAGUUAUAUUGCAAGAGAUGGACAGAGCAAUGUGUUUCGAUGUAACGUCUUCAAAUCAAAGAAAAAGAGCCAAGCCAUGCGGAUAGUGCGGACGGUGGGUCAGGCCUUUGAGGUUUGUCACAAACUUAGCCUCCAGCACACCCAACAGAAUGCAGAUGGCCAGGAAGAUGGUGAUGCCGACAAGACCUGCACAGACUCGGGAGUACAAGGGCGAGAGCUGACAGGGGCCGAAAAGCCAGCAGCAGAGGAGACAGACAUUGAUGCAGAGGAACUACCCCUCCCUGACAGCACAAUGGAUGAGUUCAGUCGUGGAGUCACUGACCUAGAUGCAGCCAAGAAAGAGGACAAUGUCACCAAUGACACAAAGCCCACUGAAGAGCCCAACAUCCUGCUGGCUUCCCCGAAGUUGCUGCUUCCCUCGGGCAGUCAGCUUCCAGCCAGCACCCCUCUGUCAGUGCACCACCAGCUCCAGCUGCUCCAACAGCAGCUUACCCAGCAGCAGCAACAGACACAUGUAGCUGUGGCCCAGGUUCACCUACUGAAGGAUCAGCUCUCUGCAGAGGCUGCAGCAAGGAUUGAAGCCCAGGCUCGAGUUCACCAGCUGCUGUUGCAGAAUAAAGAUCUGCUGCAGCAUAUUUCUCUACUGGUCAAACAGGUUCAGGAGCUGGAGCUCAAACUGGCUGGACAUGGCUCUAUGGGAUCUCAAGACAGUCUACUGGAAAUCACAUUCCGUGCCAAUGUGCCCCCAGUCCUGUGCGACCCCACAACUCCGAGACCAGAGGAAGGCAUCCUUCCUCCAUUCAGUGAUGGGACACAGCUCGCCCUGCCACUGGGCAGUCCUAUAGUGGACCAAAGCAUGUUUGAGAACUCGAACUUUGCAGAACAGCCCAAGCAAAACUCUCGUCCAGCGGGAAACACAGACAUCUCUGCUCUGGCAGGAUCAAAGACAGGUGGCAGUCAGCACCUGAAAAAUGCCCUCAACCUGGGCAAAGCCAUGGGAGCAAAAGUAAACGACCUACUUCGACGAAAAGAUGCCAACAGCCUCGGAGACAUCGGAGUCACGGAGGUCAAUAAAAACGUGGAGGCAGUGUGGUCCAGCCUGGCUGAGAUGAGCCACAGUACAGCAGGGAGUAGUCACAUCUCUCUGGACUCCUUCCCUCGGUUAGAUCCCCCACCUCCCACCGGCAAAAAACGUCUUCCACGCGCCCUGAAGACCACCCAGGACAUGAUGAUAUCUUCUGACCCUGUGGUAGCCUCCCCAGACUCGUCCUUCAUCUCUUCACCUGACAAGACUCCCCUAAUAUCCAAAGAUAAAGUGCAGCUUCAGCCAGAACCGAACCCUGAUGUGCCCAACCUAGAGAAUCUUGCAGAACCCAGUGACCAUGUCGACAGCCAGAUGGAGAAGCCCAAUUUUGAGCUAAAAAAGGAGCCCAAAGCUGUGGUGACAGAUGGGCUAAAAGAGAAAACUGCUGAGGACGUAGAUCAGUCACAGCCACUGUUUUCUGUUCCAGAUCUCAUUCACAAGGACAGUCUGGACCCAAAACAGAAACUGGCCAAUUCGGAAACUAGAAUGGCUUCCACCCCGUGUCCAGGAAAAGGGGGUUGCCGCAUUAGCGUCACUGAUGGGGAAUUGUUGGGAAUCGGAAUGGUGGAUUACCAAACCCUCAGCUUGGAGAAUGAGGAAUCCCACCCCGACCUACUCUCAUUUGAAUAACCUAACCUUCGCUCCAUGAUCACUCCAUUUUCCAGCAGUUUUCAGGAGAUAAUGUCAGACGGGAGCACAAGGUUCUCCAGGCAUCAACAAUGAAAAAAUCAGUAUGCAUGGAGAAGACAGGUCAAAAGUGGCUUUGAACCUGUCAAUAAAACUGACAUCACUUUUGUGCUGCUUAACCUUUUGUAGAUUUCAUAUUUUGCCGUUAUAGCAAAGUACCACUGAUUGUGCUUAUUUUGUAGCUAAAAUUAUACAAAUGAUUAAAAUCACUAUUUUUAUUUUAUUGUAGUACCAUAAUGAGUUUAAAAGAUUGCAUUGUAAAGUAUUUGUGGACCUGUACACAAAAGAACCAUGAUAAAUCAUUUAACAGAAACCAAAGUCAAAACUAUACUGUAAUACCUCUAAAAAGCUGUCUUUGCAGUCAUGGAAGUGGGCAACAUUUAAUGUCUUAAAUAUGUUCUUGUUUGAUUCAUAUCAGUUAGUUUUACGAGCAUGGCAAUUUCAGUUUAUAUAUAGUAUAGGUGUCUUUAUCUACCAUGUAUUUUAUAUUCAAAAAAUACAAUGUACUUAUUGUGUACAUAUGUGGUGUUCUUCAAAACCGAAGCAACAUUUGCUGCUACCAGGGUUAGGGGUAAAUGUGAGGGGUAGUGUUCAGGUUUAGGGGAAGGGGUAGAGUGCAGGUGAGGGUUAAGCCCUAGGUAUACUUCCAUUUUUACGUGAACGCUCAGCGUCUGCUUACAGUUGAACGCGAGCCUGUCAAAGUAUACUCCAUAUAACUGUGCCAGCAUACACUGGCGGUUGCCGAAUGCACGCUACGACUGCUAUGAGACACCUGACUUUCUCUUCAGGAAUUUAGACCCAUACAGAUGUCUUUAUAUUUCUUCAGACUCGAGUUAUACAAAUGCAGGUAUCUCCAGACCUCCUCAUACAUGCUCUCAUGACUUCAUGACAGCAACAGCUACAAAUGUAAGUGUUGCCACCUUGUGGACCUACUAAUUAGUGCAAAUAAUUCCUGGCGCAUUCUGCACGUUCAGAGACGCACGGUUAGGAAAAUCGGGCUGCGUGCAUUCAGUGUUUGCGCGCUCUGCUGAUGACAUCCUGUACGUGGACGCUCAGCAUUCACGUCUGAUCAAAAUAUAUUUUGGGCUUUAGGGGUAAAGAUUAGGGGGAGGUGUAAGGUUAGGUUUAGAAUCGCUACGGGCCUCGAAAUAAACAAUAUAUGGACAUCGUAUGUGAAUCUUACAUGCUUUUCACAGAAUAAGGGCUACCAUCUAGCCAACCUAAAUGUACAGUGUAAUAACUUGUAUGUAUAUUAAGUACAAUGUAUCAAAUGCUUAAUAUAAAUACACUGUAAUUAAAGACACCUAAUUGAAAGUGGGGCCUGCAUGCCUUUAUAUUUUACCUUUUAGUUUGCUACGAAUUUGUUUUAUAUGUUGUAUGACCACAUCUCUGUCCUUGGCUCAACAUUGUGCUCACGUAUAAUAAUCAUUGCCAGUAUGAGCAACUGCACAACUGACCUUGGAUCAGUCUAUAAAGCAUAAUGCACCUAAGGGCAGCAGUCUGCAACUGCUUCCUUAUUGUUUUGUCUGAGCAUUUCAUCUUGUGCAGGACACAUUUCACAGAGACCUCUAGAUCAAUGAGAAAAUAUAGGGUUAUCUACCUUUGUAAGAAGUGUCAUUGUGAUCACCAUCAAGGUGAUGAUGGCUUAUGGAAUGGCAGUAAUGAGUCUCGGUCAACAUGAAGGUAUGCGGAGGGGCUCUGAAAUUCCAUGGAAUGCCAUAACGCUAAUCUCAUUCCUUGUCCUCUUGUUUAUGUAGACAGCCUGACUCCCAUGGCAUUCUCUCAGGGCUGUUCUUUAUCCCAGACAGUGGUUUCUCUACAGAGAAUUCAGGACAAGUCUGUAGCUAACAGUGCAGCAAUUUACACACUCAUUAUUUAUAGAGAUACACUGCCAUUGAAAAGUUUGGGGUCACUUGACAGAAAUGUUUCUCUUGCUCUUAAAAACCUUUUGAUCUAAAGGCUUAUGCUUAAAUGUUUGAAAUGAGUUUAGUAGACAAAAAUAUAACUGUGCCAACAUAUACAUUUAUUUCAUUACAAAUAUGUAUAUAUAUAUAUAUAUAUAUAUAUAUAUAUAUAUUUUUUUUUUUUUUUUUUUUUUUUUUUUUUAAAUGGAUGAUUUGGACAGACUUCUAAAGAAAAGCAGCCAAUAAAUGCCCAGCAUAGAUGGGAACUCCAAUACUUUUUAAAAAGCAUCCCAGGGUGAUACCUCAAGAAGUUGGUUGAGAAAAUGACAACAUAAUUCCAUAUUGUUCCAUUUCUGUUAUUACCUAGUUAUGACGACUUUACUGUUAUUCUAAAAUGUGGAGAAAAAAAAAAAAAAUUAUAAUGAAGAAUGAGUAAGUGACCCUAAACAUUUGUCCAGUAGUGUAUAUUGUGAUCCUACAUAUAUCUACAGAUGUACUGAGAUGUUCAUAACUUCAAGCUGCACAUACUGAAAGAUAGCAAUUAAAUAGUUAUGUAUUAUGUCAGUGAUGAAAUAUUGUAUGUGAAAGAUUAUUGAACGAAGGUUUUGAGUAAGUUGCUGCAAAAUAACUUAAAGGAAUAGUUCACCCCCAAAAAGUGCUAAUUUCAUCAUUUACCCUCAUUUUGUUCCAAACCAAUAUUACUUUUUUCUUCCGAGGAAGAAUGACAGAUGACAGAACUUUCAUUUUUGGGUGAAAUAUCUCUAAAGCUGCAUAUCCUGAAAGAUGGAAAAAAAAAAAAAAUGCUGUUAUGCAUCAUGGAACAAAUAAAACAUUUUGUGUGAAAGAUAUUUAACAGAGGUAUUAAAUUGAUUUUUGUUAACUUAAGUGCAUGGGAUGUAUGCACUGGCAUCAUAGCAUUAACUCAUAUACAAGUGCUUUAUUAAUUAGAUCUCUUUCUGUACCAUGAUACAUUUUGGUUACACUACCAUUGUGAUGUCUACUUUCAUGUGUAAUGAUGCAUAAUGUAUCAUCAAGUUCUCUUUUUGGAUAGUUUGAACACUAAAAUGAGAUUUCAAAGCCAGAAUGGAGCAAACUCAUGCAGAUGCGUUUGCAGCUGGUGAGUUAAUGAAUUGAUAUUGUUAAUGAAUCACUGAUAUCUUGUCACUGGAUCAUAAGAUAUGAAGUCAGAAUAUUUUAUAGAAUCUUCUAUGAUGCCUUUAUAACCUCUGUGUAUAUGUGAAAACUGUUCACUGAAUAAAUGAAAGAUAUUUAUCUUGCAUUGUUUUAGCCAUAGUUUUCUUAGACAUUUUAUUUGUUGUUUAGGGUUGAGAAGAUUCUUGAUGGAAAAUUAAGAAUGUUGGAACUUCUGUGUGAUUUAUGUACUUUGUUUACUUUUUGUCAAUGGUCCCAUCAAUUUUACACUUUAAUAUUUGAAUGAAGGGGAAAAAAGAAUGUUGAAGGAAAAACGCACCGAUAUGAAGGUUUUAUGAGUACACUGAAAUGUAUUUAAGAGAUAUAUGUUCAGGCUGGCUGUAUUAAAGUGAUUUUUUACUAUGCAAGCUGUCUGCUCAUGAUGCAUUUCGCGUCUGGGUGCAUAUAUUUUUCGUUAAAUAGUUUUAUUAUUUUUCAUUCAAGGCAGUUUACACAACAGAAUGUACAGGGUCAUUGCAUCUAAAAUUAAAUGCCUUUGGAUGUAAAAGCAAUAAAGUCUUCUAAAUAAAGGGAUUGA